CUGACCUAUGCUAAGCUAGCUUGAUCAAACCCCCAUCAAGAAUAGUUAACACUAAUCAUCAUCUCAAUAAAAUUCGACUAGCCAGGGUCCCCUCCCUACUGCUUCUGCUUCGCAAAGGAUAAUCUCGUAGCUUUCCUCUUUCACCCUCCCUGAUCUCUUCACGAACAGCAGCAUCACAGCAGCUAGCAACACGCGGCAUAUAUGGACCACCAGCUGUUCGACGACACCUUCGCGAGCAGCAUCUCGUCGCUGGAGGCGGACAUGGUCUUCUCCGGUGGCCAGAUGCCGUCGCCGCCGUGGCCGGACCUCGACCUCGACCUCGACCUCGACGACGACAUCCACGACCUCUCCGCGCCGGCCGCCAACGCCACCUCCUCUGGCGGCUACGGCUCGGGCGGCUCCGGUUCCCACAGGAAGGUCAGCCACAACGCGUACGAGCGCGACCGCCGGAAGCAGCUCAACGAGCUCUACUCCUCACUCCGCUCCCUCCUCCCCGACGCCGAUCACACUAAGAAGCUGAGCAUUCCCACCACGGUGUCUCGAGUCCUCAAGUACAUCCCCGAGCUUCAGAAGCAGGUGGACAACCUGGAGAGGAAGAGGGAGGAGCUGACGAACGCCAACUGCAAACCAGGAGUGCUGGACACGAAGGAGAGCAUAACUCCAGUUGUUUCUGCUACUUGCCUCAACGACAUGGAGAUCAUGGUUCAGGUCAGCCUGCUCAGCAAUGUGGCUGCCACAACGCUACCUCUCUCCAAGUGUAUAAAAGUUUUGGAGAACGAAGGCCUUCACCUGAUCAGUUCAUCAACUUACUCCACCUUUGAGAACAGGACAUUCUAUAACCUCCAUUUCCAGAGAAAUCAAACGACGAUGAAAAAGGAAUGCCCAGCGUUCUGCGAGGAACUGGAGAAGGUCGUCAGGAAGAAAGCAGGAGAGUAGCUAGCACUACGAAUUCUGGCCCUGCAUAUAUUAAAUAAUGGAUUGUUGUACACUUUCUCUAUGAAAAUAAGUAUAGUUUUGAACAUC